AGCUGACAUGAACCAUAUUGUAGACAAUAAUAUCAGAGUCUCAGAAGAUUGGGUGCACCGUUGGGGUAGGGAUCAUGAAGCUGUUAAGCUACCUGACGGCGGCUACCCUGGAAUGCUGAGUACCUUUCAUGAGCUUCACUGCAUCAAACGACGCUAUCAGACCCUGUCUCCAGAGUAUUAUUUCCCGAAUGCGACCGAACAAGAACUUGCGAUUAACCGAGAGCAUAACCAACAUUGUCUUGAGGUCCUUCGAAUGGGUGCGACCUGUCGUGGCGACAUCUCCAUCAUUACUCAUAUGUGGGUUGAUAUUGACGCUCGACCCAUUGUCAACCAAACAGCGCCGCACCAGUGCGUUGACUUUGACAAGGUCAUGGAGUACCUACUCUCGUAUGAACACAGUUGA